AACAGAUGGAAGGCGAGGAGGAAGACUUAUCUCCGACCAGCAUCCGUCCAUGAAGCCUGGCACCUGUCUGCCUGGAUCGGGGGCGGGUGAGGCUGAAGUGCCCCCUUGCCCAGAGCUGAGUCAUGGGCAUCCCCCAGUGUCCCCGCCUCGGCUCUCUCAGCCCUGCCCCCUCCCAACCUCCCUCUGAGAAAUCUGUGACUCACGUAUGAUCCCGUCAUCCCCAGCCGAGCUGGGAGGAGGGAGGAGCCCAGCUGGGGCAGGAGGGGGGUGUCCCCCAACCCAAAACACGAGCCGGCACUUCUCCGGGCUCCACAUUGGCUGCCUGCCUUGUCCUGCCUCAGGAGAGGGGCUGGGAGCCUCCACACUCACCAGCUCUCUCCGAAAUGGGACCACAGCUGGCAGGUUAAGCCUCGGAGGGGGGUCUUGAAAGGCGGUUCAGCUGCCCGGCCCCACGCAGGACCUUCUACCCGUCACCAGGUGGUGACUUCUCAGGGUGACUUUGGGGAGGAAGAUGGCUGCCCAAGUGCUGCUGCAGACAGUAUCGUUCCUGCUGGGUCUGCUCCUGGUUCCAGGUGCCUGUGGCGGGGGCCCCCGGGAAGACUUCCGUUUCUGUGGCCAGCGGAACCAGACGCAGAACAGCAGCCUCCAUUAUAAGCGGGCAUCUGAGCUGCACAUCUCCAUCAAGAACACUGAGGAGGCUCUCACAGUCCAUGCGCCCUUCCCUGGAGCACACCCGGCUCCUAGGUCAUUCCCUCAUCCCAGGGGCCUCUACCACUUCUGCCUCUACUGGAACCGCCAUGCUGGGAAAUUGCAUCUUCGCUACGGCAAGAGCGACUUCGUGCUGAGUAACCAAGCCUCUGACCUGCUGUGCUUCCGGCAUCAGGAGGAGAGCCUGGCCGAGGGGGCCCCACUGUUCGCCACCUCUGUCAGCUCCUGGUGGAGCCCCCAGAACACCAGUCUGCCCAGUGCGGCCGGCUUCAUCUUCUCCUUCCACACUCCUCCCCUGAAGACCUCCCACAGUGCCUUGUUGGACACAUGUGAGCUGAAAAGGGACCUCCAGCGGCUCAGCCAGUUUCUGAAGCAUCCCCGGAAGAGCUCAAGGAGACCCCCGUUCACCUCCGCGGGCCAUCACCCACCCUCUCUCCUCACUGCCAGGCAGCUGCAGAGCCUAGAAUCGAAGCUGACCUCUGUGAGCUUCACAGGGGACACGGUGUCCUUUGAGGAAGAUCUGGUCAACGCCACGGUGUGGAAGCUCCAGCCCGCUGCCAGCCUCCAGGACCUGCACAUCCACUCCCAGCGGGAGGGGGAGCAAAGCGAGAUCCUGGAGUACUCGGUGCUGCUGCCCCGCGAGCUCUUCCAGAAGACCAAGGGCCAGAGGCAGGAGGCUGAGAAGAGACUCCUCCUGGUGGACUUCAGCAGCCAAGCCCUGUUCCAGGACAAGAAUUCCAGCCAGGUGUUGGGGGAGAAGGUCUUGGGUAUCGUCGUGCAGAACACCAAAGUAGCCAACCUCUCGGAGCCCAUGGUGCUCACCUUCCGGCACCAGCCACAGCCGAAGAAUGUGACUCUACAGUGUGUAUUCUGGGUUGAAGACCUGACAUUGAGCAGCCCGGGGAGCUGGAGCGAUGUGGGCUGUGAGACCAUCAGGAGAGAGACACAGACGUCCUGCCUCUGCAACCACCUGACCUACUUUGCAGUGCUGAUGGUUACCUCUGUGGAAGUGGAUGCCAUACACAAGCACUACCUGACCCUCCUUUCCUACGUGGGCUGUGUCAUCUCCGCCGUGGCCUGCGUCCUCACCAUCGCUGCCUACCUCUGCUCUAGGAGGAAGUCUAGGGAUUACACCAUCAAGGUGCACAUGAACCUGCUGCUGGCCGUCUUCCUGCUGGAUGUGAGCUUCCUGCUCAGCGAGCCGGUGGCCCUGGCAGGCUCCGAGGCUGCCUGCCGCGCCAGUGCCAUCUUUCUGCACUUCUCCCUGCUCGCCUGCCUCUCCUGGAUGGGCCUUGAGGGCUACAACCUCUACCGACUUGUGGUCGAGGUCUUCGGCACCUAUGUGCCAGGCUACCUGCUCAAGCUGGGCAUCGUGGGCUGGGGCUUCCCCAUCUUCCUGGUGACGUUGGUGGCACUGGUGGAUGUGAACAACUAUGGCCCCAUCAUCCUAGCUGUGCACAGGACCCCAGAGAGUGUCAUCUACCCUUCCAUGUGCUGGAUCCGGGACUCCUUGGUCAGCCACGUCACCAACCUGGGCCUCUUCAGCCUGGUGUUUCUGUUCAACAUGGCCAUGCUGGGCACGAUGGUGGUGCAGAUCCUGCGGCUGCGCCCACACGCCCAGAAGUGGCCCCACGUGCUGACCCUGCUGGGUCUCAGUCUGGUCCUCGGCCUGCCCUGGGCCUUGGUCUUCUUCUCCUUUGCUUCUGGCACCUUCCAGCUCGUGGUCCUCUACUUUUUCAGCAUCAUCACCUCCUUCCAAGGCUUCCUCAUCUUCCUCUGGUACUGGUCCAUGCGCCUGCAGGCCCGGGGUGGGCCCUCCCCUCUGAAGAGCAGCUCGGACAGUACCAGGCUCCCUAUCAGCUCGGGCAGCACCUCGUCCAGCCGCAUCUAGGCCGCCAGCGCCCCCGCCGAUGUGAGGAAGCAGAGUUGCGGUCUCUCUUCACUGCUGCUUGCGGCCCCUGCAGCCAGGCCAAGCCAGCCGGAGACUUGAGAAGGCCCAAGGACCUCAGAAGGAUGCGGCUGUUGCCAUGGCAGCCAUACUCCCAAGCUGGGCCUUCUAAUGGGCCGGGGGGGCUACUUGCCUCGUGGGUCCAGCUCAGGGGGCUCAGGAAUGGGACUGAAGGCUGGUCUUAAUGCACCACCACUGGACUGGCCCUCAUGGCUGGAAUCUGCAGGCCUUGGACCUUGGAGGCUGGUGGCAUCCUUGGCCCUGUGCCCCAGCCCAGGACAGGAAUGUGCCAUAGUUGUUCUGUCUCUUGUGAUCGCCAUGAGGGCACUCUGUAGCCCCUGUCAUUUUAAUCUAAGGAUGGCCCGCACGGAAAAUGAGUUGGGGCAGAGCUUUGAGCCAGACCCCUGGAGGAGGAGCACUCCGUCCCUGGAGCAUAAUGACAGCCCAGGGAGGGAGCUGGGCUGUCCUUCUGCUGGCCCUCUGAGACCAGGGCCAUCACCCUUUGUCAGCCUCCCCAGCCCUCCCUCUCCCCUUCCUGGUCCUCCCUCUCCUUGGACCUCCUUAGCCCUCUACUCACAGCCCGGAGUCCCCAGUUCCAAUGCUGGAUUUUGGGUAGUGGUUCCCAAGAGCUACCUGGUGCCUGCUGUAAACCUUUAUCUACUGCAUGGGCGUUUGCCUGCCCCUGACUUGGCUUAGUAUAAACGUUCUGGGCUGGGCUAGGUCCAUCUUCCCAUCUGGGCCUCUCCACGGCUGCAUCACCCUAGCUCACCACUGCCAAGCCCACACCUCACAGGGGCCCGCAGCCUCUCCCGAAGCCCUCUUGUGGCAAGAACUGUGGAACGUAGCAGUCCAAAUUUGUUUCCACCCCAGCACUCCAAAGACUGAGACACGCCUCCCCUGGUGAUGCUUGUAGAGCCUGACAUGCUCCAUAGAACCCCUGCAGACCAUCUUGAGCACACCUCGCAGCCCGUCACGGUUAAUUCUGUUGGACACAGGUGGCCAGACCUGGUUGCUUCCCCUCCGAUCUCUCAGUCUAACGUGGGAGGCAUGCAUGAGACAAGAACUCUUAGAGGUACAGGCACAGAGUUGGGGGAGCCCUCAUUCCUGGCUGGGACUCCAGGAAGGCUUCCUGUAGGAGGCAGCAUUUGAUCUGGCUCUCAGCCUUAAAGAUGGGGAGGAUUUUCUUUGUAAUUACCAGUUCAUUUGUCUUUUCAUAUUAAAAAGAAGUACAUGUUCCUCGUAGAGAAUUUGGAAGCUGUAGAAGAGUACGUAGAAGAGUACAUAGAAAAAAUAAAAAUCAGCUGUUAUCGCCUAAC